GUUUAGAGUUUCCUUCGUUAGGCUUAACAUUUGUCAAACGCUGCAAGGUUGCCAUCACCAUCGCUCUCUUCGAGAGAAAAAAAAAGGCAGACAGAAAUGGCGACAUCGACCAUCCGGAGAAUCUCCUCCCAAAUCUACCGGCUCCCUUCCGUCUCUCCCUUCACAAAAUCCGUCGUCGCCCGCUCCUCCACCACCGCCGCGGCCUCCUCAGUGCCCCGCACCUCCUCCGCCAAAGUCUCCGACAGGAUCGUCAAGCUUUUCGCAAUUGACCCGGAGGGACAGAAGCGCGAGAUCGUGGGGCUCAGCGGGCAGACUCUGCUCAGAGCCCUGAUCAACCACGGCCUGAUCGACCCUGCAUCCCACCGUCUCGAGGAGAUCGACGCCUGCUCCGCCGAGUGCGAGGUGAACAUCGCCCAGGAGUGGCUCCAGAAGCUCCCUCCCAGAUCCUACGACGAGGAGUAUGUGUUGGAAAGGAACUCCAGAGCUAGGGUUGCGAACCUGCACUCUAGGUUGGGAUGCCAGGUUGUGAUCACCCCUGAACUCCAAGGUAUGGUUGUUGCCGUCCCUGAACCUAAGCCAUGGGACACUCCGUAAAGAAGGAUGUUUUAGGGAUUUUGGCUCUCUCUGGGGCUUCCUUUUGUCAAAAAAUAUUGAAAUGCUUAAUAAUGUGGCACAAUUUGAUAUGGGUUGGCGCUUUUGUUUUCAUGUUGGAAUGCCUUUGAAGUUGCCCUUGUAAUCGGCAAUACUUCUUCUAUUGGAUUAUGUAUGGUCUGGUUUUUGUUACAUUUCAUUUUGUUGGUGCUUGCAUUGCACCUGUAGUUGUAUAUCGGUCUGGAGGAAACAGUGAGAGCUUGCUUGCCGACAUAGUUCUCGAAUGGCUUCAGAAAGAACGACUGCUUUACUGUGGAACUUGAUAAUUCAUUUCUAUUAACAAAUGUUAGGCUUAGGA